UCGCAAAGUAUCAUAGUCAUAUGACAGCGGUCAGUUCCUUCCAAACACUACGCUACUACGACUUAAGUGGUAAAAACGUUGCAAACAAACCCAACACAGAGCUGCAAAUUCAGCGUCUCAAAAUGUUGGCACUGAUUAACCGCCUCCUGGACUGGUUUAAAUCUCUCUUCUGGAAGGAAGAGAUGGAGUUAACCCUCGUCGGGCUGCAGUAUUCGGGGAAGACGACGUUUGUGAACGUAAUCGCGUCGGGCCAGUUCAGUGAAGACAUGAUUCCAACUGUGGGGUUCAACAUGAGGAAGGUCACAAAAGGCAAUGUCACCAUCAAGAUCUGGGAUAUAGGAGGUCAGCCAAGGUUUAGGAGCAUGUGGGAGCGAUACUGUCGAGGAGUGAAUGCAAUAGUGUACAUGGUGGAUGCAGCAGACCGGGAGAAGGUUGAAGCUUCUAGAAAUGAGUUGCACAAUCUCUUAGACAAGCCACAGUUACAAGGAAUUCCCGUUUUGGUGCUUGGAAAUAAGAGAGACCUACCUGAUGCAUUGGAUGAGAAACAGCUAAUUGAAAAAAUGAACUUGGCUGCUAUUCAGGACAGGGAGAUCUGCUGCUACUCUGUUUCCUGCAAAGAGAAAGAUAACAUAGACAUUACACUUCAAUGGCUAAUCCAGCACUCAAAAUCGAGAAGAAGCUGAAAGUGUCUUCAAUGGGCCCACGUCUAUCCGCUGCCAUGUUGCUGUCACACCACAUCCUGCUCACUUUGUGAAACUGUACAGUUCUCCAUCCUGCUCCCCUCACACUACCCUGCUUGACUGACCCCAUAAUUCUUCUCAAGCUCCUCCUGAGUGCAUCGUUCUUCGCAAAGAUACAUCAGUCGCUAAAAGACGCUAGCCUGCAGAAUGAGUUCCUCCACCUCUUACAGUGUGCUGUCAGAUAAACACAAUGGAUUCAAUCCCAGCCACUCUAGCAGUCUCCACUGCACCCAUAUGUGGGUUCCUGAACAAAUCUAUUUAAAAACUGUGGAGAAUCCAAACUUUAAUAUUAUGUUCUGCCUUUUUCUCCAGUCUGUUAGUUUAUGCUCAAAUGAGCUUGUGAUAUCGUUUGGACUGUUGCUUUUAUUUUUCUUCCAUUUCUCUUAUUCCCCCCCCCCCCCCCCCCCCCCAAAUUGUGUCUCUUGAGAAAUCUGUAAUAUAUACAUUUGCAGAGCAAUUAAAGGGAUAGUUCACUCUAAAGUGAAAAUUCUGUCAUCAUUUAUUCAUUCUCAUGUUGUUUCAAACCAAUCUUGACUCUUGUGGAACACAAAAGGAGAUGUUAAAGAAUAUUAGAGACCGACAGAGUCACCAAUUUACUUUCAUUGCAUCUUUUUCCCAUACAAUGAAAGUGAAUGAGGCUGUUAGUUCUUAACAUUCUCCCUGAAAUCUCAGUUUUUGUUCCAAGGGAAAAAACAAAGUAACUCAAACAGGUUUGGAACACCAGUAAAUGAUGACAGAAUUUUCAUUUUCAGGUAAACCAUCCCCUUAAGUAAAUGAACAGCUCAGCAGAAAUGUACAAAUGAUGAUUCAGUAAGAUUUUACAAAGGUUGAGUGUAAGUAUAUUUGAUGAUGAAUGUAUUGCAGGUAAAGAUGUAGUUUUCAUUUAGCUCAAAGAUGUCUUUGAAUCCUGUUCAUGAGUUGAGAGAGAGAGAGAGAGAGAGAGAGAGAGAGAGAAUAGGUGAAGUUAAAAGUGCCUUGUGCAGUGUAUCUGUCCCUCAAGCUAAACUGGAUACCGGGUGUGCCUGCCGGGAACUAGAUCGGAUGAAAAUGGCUUUCUUUGAACUGCAAGGACUGAAGGCAUGCUUUUUAAGGUAGAUUAUUGUACUGUUGUCAUCAACAAAAUAUUUGUGAAAAGAGGCAAAUGUUGCAAAUCCCACUAUUAUCAAUGCACUUUUGUAAAUAUGAUGAACCAAUAAAUAGAUUGUCAACAUGUAGGAGGAAUCUUGCAUUGUUGUGGCUAUA